UUAUCUUCUUUGUCUACUUUCUUUGCUUUUAUUAUUAUUAAUUUCUAUUGAACAUCACUGCGGAGUGAUAUAGAACCAACUUCACAUGGAACUCUUCUGAAUAGGCACUGAGUUUGCGUGAGCGAGAACUCGGCAUUUGACUCAGUGACGGUUCGCCACAUUCUCGUGUUUGAUGGUGAAUUUUAUCUCUGUGAUAAUCUCUCUUGCUUGACUUUAAGGUUUGUGCUAGAUUGAGAUAAAUUGCACUGGAAAUGGGUGUAUCAGGGAAGUGGAUUAGAGCAUUGAUUGGUCUAAAGAAAUCAGAAAAGCCAGAGUCUUCUCAGAAGGACGGAAAUAAGGUUGGCAAGUUACAUCAUCAACGAAGGCAAGUGGUUGAAUUUGAUAAUGGUAAACUUCCAAACGAAUUGGAUUGUGAAGCUACUCCACCUAUUGGAGAUGAUAAUGUCCAUGCAAACCUUGAUGCCAAUUAUUCGUCUUCUGCUUCCCAACAAGCACCUGAUGCUGUACAUGAUCAACAGAUGAGGGAGGAAUGGGCUGCAAUACACAUUCAAACAGCGUUUCGAGGAUUUUUGGCCAGAAGAGCAUUACGAGCCUUGAAAGGUGUGGUAAGGCUUCAGGCCCUAGUAAGAGGCCAUGCAGUGAGAAAACAAGCAGCAAUAACACUCCGUUGUAUGCAAGCUUUGGUGAGGGUUCAAGCUCGUGUUCGGGCAAGGCGUGUUUGCAUGGCAUUGGAAACUCAAGCAUCACAACAGAAACUUCAGCAAAACAUUGCAAAUGAAGCUCGAGUUCGAGAAAUAGAAGAAGGAUGGUGUGAUAGUGUAGGAUCUGUUGAAGAUAUUCAGGCUAAGAUAUUGAAGAGACAGGAGGCAGCAGCAAAACGUGAGAGAGCCAUGGCAUAUGCUCUAUCUCAUCAGUGGCAGGCAGGAUCAAGACAACAGCCAGUUUCCUCUGGAUUUGAACCAGACAAAAGUAGCUGGGGUUGGAAUUGGUUAGAAAGAUGGAUGGCUGUCCGGCCUUGGGAGAACCGCUUUGUUGACAUUAAUGUGAAGGAUGGGGUAACUGUGCAUGAAAAUGAAGCUAAGGAUGGUAAAAGUGGAACCACACCUCAGUUGACCUCUGCUAACAAGAAACCAUUCUCAUCAAACACUCAUCCAAACCCGGCAAAUCAUGGAACUGGUCCCACUAUUUCUGAUGAGUGUGAUUCAUCACCUAGUAAGUCUGCUGGUUUGCUAGAAUCAUCAAAAACACAAUCCGUUAAGCCAACCUCUAAGGGUAAUGUUGAAAAUACUGCUGAAGAAGUGAACUCAAAACUUAGAAUUGGAUCAAGAUCUCACAGUAAUCCAAAGGAGAGAACAACACAGGUAGAUAAGCAGGCAAAAAAACGAUUAUCUCUGCCUAACAACGCAGGGGGUGGUGCAGGAUCUCAAAUAGUCAAACACCCGAUUAGUGGUACUAACGUGAAAGGGUCGCUAAGCACACAAAAGUCUAGUAGGGAUAAGCCUAAGCUCAAUGGAAGAAGGGAUGUGAAUACAAAAUCAGAUCCAUAGCUAAAUGGAAAAGAGGAUGUGAUCUUAAGCAGAUGUGAAUGUAGUUUCGAGAAUCUCGAAAAAGGGAAAUCACUCUUUUCUCCAUUGAUAUAUACCGUGCAUAUAUAGUGGGUGCAUAUAAUCGGAAGCGGUGAGGCUUUGUUCUUAGUUCAUCCUUGAAGACAGUGAUGUGGUUUUGCAGUUUUGAGAUUGGCUUGGGUUGUGAUAGGAAUAAGAUUUGCCUGGUUGAUAAAAGUUUGCUUUUUAUUUAUGGAGGAUUUGUUGUGGUCAGAAUGUAUGUGAUAACAUGAUGUAUUUAUAUAAAAAACGUACACUUUUCAGUGUGCGAUAACUCUUUUAGGCAUUGUAUUGUUGUUGCCUGUUGUUCUUUGAUGAGCCUAUUUUACCUA